ACUCAAUUUAAUUAUAAAAUCCAUAAUAAUGGAAACUCGUGGAAGGUAUACACUUGUCGGCUCACCAAGCACAAUGAAUCAAGUACUCGGAAAGAGGGGAUACCAAGUGAAAAGCGCCGAAAAACCAAAGUUCGUCCCGCUGAUCAAUGUUCCGCAAAAAUUAAAGUAUUUCACUUGGUAACAGAUCAAGUAGUAUGGGUCGAACAGUAUUCAAACUCUCCUGAUCAUGCUCAUACUUUGGAGGAUAGUGAAAAGCUUAAACGUUCAAAAGCUGUUCGAGUUUUAGUUGAGCGGGAAGCUGUGAAGAACUAUUUGUCCCCUGCGAUAACUAGUGCAAUUAAAGAAUAUGCCACGGUGAAUUUAGGGCUUGGUAAAAGCAUAAAAGAGUUAAGAUGUAAGGAGGUUGCCAAUAUAAAAUACAAAGUUCGAGAGUCUCAGAAUGCCCCUCUUAUCAGUAAUUCACAAUUGAUAGUAGAUCAUACCUGGGGUUUCGUUUUUGCCUAUAAAAAUCAAUUGGAGAAACUUCAACAUUUUGGAUGGCUGACUCUUCUUGAUUCUACGCAUAAAACGAACAGGCAUGAUUGGCGUCUGUUUUCAUUAUACAUCCGCGAUGGUCAUGGUUGCUGGAACAUCAGUGCGUACUUUUUUGUAAGCAAAGAAGAUAGCAGCACUGUCGCAGAAGCAUUAAAAAUAAUAAAAAGGUUAGGAUGUAACUGGAAACUCCGAUAUUUUCUUAUCGAUCAAAGUAGUAUAGAGAGCAAUGCUAUUACGUUGGCUUUCCCAGGCCUUCAAGCUGGUGAGCAGGAGUGUAGCACUAUCUUUUGUACCGUCUAUGUUAUGCGAACCUGGAUGAGUAAGGUAUAUGAAGUAAAAACCAGAAACGAAAUGAUUAGAGCAAUGCAUAAACAAACAAAAAUCGGGUGCGAGGAGGUUGUUCAACAGGCUGCUGACAAAUGUCCUAUUCCUACAAUUCAAAGAUACAUAGUUCGAAAUUACAAAAAAAAUACCCACCAAUGGGCUCUUUGGGCCUGCCAACAUUCCCCUCUCCUUAUGCAAGUAACAUCCACCAACCCUAUAGAAUCGUAUCAUAGUGAGCUAAAACGUACAACCUCUCCUCACCAUGGUUUAAUUGGCACCUGUCAUAACAUUGUAGCAGUGGAUGCAAAAAAAUGGUCUGAUGCUGAGUAUGUAGCCUUUGAAUUCCGUACAAAAAGAAUAUUAGCAUUUGGCGUUGAUUAUGAAAUUCUUAAUGAAGUCCAUAAAUUUCCCUAUCCUAUCCAAAAAAUGGUCAUUGAUGAAAUUUUUGCUGUAGCAAAAAGAUUGGAAAAAGAAUUAGUUGAAAUUGAAGUACCAGAAAAAUCAGAGGCUGAAAAAGCUGCAGAAAAUAGAUGUAUGAUCGUAAAUAAAUUAAUGGAGCAAGUGCGUGAUAUAUAUUAG